GUGGGUCCUUAAACAAUUUCUGCAUUCUCAUCUAAGCCCAUAAACUCUCAAAUUGAUCAUCUGGAUUCUUCAACUUUUCAAGUGGUUCAUUUUAUGUUCACUCUAGGUCCAAUCAUGGACUUGAAUUUACACUUUGAAUGAAUCACUUGAAAAGUUAAAGGACCUAGAUGAUUAUUUUGAGAGUUCAUGGACCCAGAUGUGGGAAUAUGUGGACGGUUUAGGGACACACGAUUCAUUCCACCCUAAGUAUGUAUUUGGUGGACAAACAAUUUUCAGAAAUGAAAUUGUUAAUAUGGGUGGUUAUACUUUGUUGGGGUCCUGAUUCCUGAUCUCCAGGUGCAUAAACAACAUGCUAAGUGAUAAGUCCUCACCUAGCAUAGGUUGCCUCCAAGUUACCAUUACCAGUAUUAUGCCAGCCAAGUAGCACUAUAUGAAAUUUUGAUUGUGUGGCUGGUAUUAUCAACCAGAAUGGUUGGUUAAUGGUUAGUGCUGGAAAGGAACAAAAAAUUGAAUUUGUUUUAUGGAAGCAGGGCCAAGGGAGCUCACUGGUGCUGUUGAUUUGAUCAGCCACUACAAACUGCUGCCACACCAUGAUUUCUUUUGCAAGAAACCUUUGCCACUGGCAAUAUCAGAUACACAUUAUCUUCACAAUGUUGUGGGAGACACUGAAAUUCGCAAAGGAGAAGGAAUGGAGUUAGAUCAACUUGUUCAGAAUGCAUAUAUGAGGGAUAAACCUGCUUAUAUUCAGCCCUUCGAUAUGGAAACACUGGGGCAAGCGUUCCAACUUCGAGAAACAGCUCCUGUGGAUUUGCCCUCUACUGAAAAGGGUAUACCGACUAUCUCGGGGAAACCAAAAAGUGAGUCCAAGGACAAAGAGAAGAAGCAUAAAAAGCACAAAGACAAAGACAGGGACAAAGAUAAGGAACAUAAGAAGCACAAACAUCGGCAUAAGGAUCGGAGUAAGGACAAAGAUAAAGACAAAGACAAGGAUAAGAAAAAAGAUAAAAGUGGUCAUCAUGAUUCUGAUUCAAAGAAACAUCAUGAAAAGAAGAGGAAGCAUGAGGGAACAGAAGAUUCAGCGGAUGUGCAUAAGCACAAGAAGAGUAAGCACAAGAGCUCCAAAACUGACGAGACGGGGAAUGGACUUAGUUAACACUUCAUAGUUCUUGCUUCAAUCCUUUUAAUUUGCUGUUAAAAGGAGACUGAUGGUCUCUGCCAUCAAACCCUGUGCAGAGUAGUGGGUGUCAUGAGUUGGAUGUCUUGAUAAGAACAUGGCAGUAUUUUUGCGGAGUCCAUUUUGAGGAAAAUUGAAUUUGUUAACAUAGGACUAAUCCUUUGAACCGUGCAACUUUCUGUUCCUCCCUGAAGAAUUGGUUGUAGGAGCGAUUGAAAGGAUAUGCAAUGAGAUUGUUUCGAUUGCAGGGCUAGCUCAAUUAUUGAUACUGGGUUUGUUAUUGAACUUCUGAGUCCUGAUGUAGCGUGCAUGACAGCAUGAGUACCCCGAGUAGCUGUGGAUUGUUAUACAGUUCGUGGUCUAGAGAUGUAGUUGAGGGCAGGGAAUUUGGAAAUAAUUUCGUGUUCCCGCCGUACCGAGCUUGAUUCAUAGAGUAGGAUGAUUUACUGUUUAUCCAGUAGCUAAAUUAAGUGUUGGUAGUCAGUUCCAAAGUUUAUUUUGCCUUGUAACUGUGCUUCAUUGUGCCAAUAACCGGAGUUGAAUCCACAUGGAAUGAAUUCGGGGUCAGAGUAGCACAAUGCUUAUUAACCAUGAUGAAGAUUUUGUGUUA